CGUAGGUGGACAGAUCGAAUCCAAGCAGGGGUGGCUCCAUAAUUCGAAAGUGGACACUUGUUCAGGUUGCAGUUAAGUUGGAAAAAUUGACCAUCGUGUGUUCCCAGACUGGGUUGAGUGCAAGGCGAACCAAGGAGAGCUCGGCCCUUAUGACGUCGACAUCGUUAACGUCACCGGCCAUCAACCACCAUCACCGACCAAACCCUCCUCAAAGACAACAUAUUAAAAGCUGCUUGUUGCCUCUCACAAACCUUCCUUCAUCAUCUCAGAACACAAUCGCUCACAACCAAUCCAACUACCAAACAAUCAACACUUGCACCCUCUAUCACUCCCAAACAACCUCAUCUCCAUAAUCACGAUGGCCGACGCUACCUUCCACACCACCCAGCAGGACCUCCGCAAGCCUGAAUCCCACGCCUCCCACGCCCACGCUGGACAGACCCCUGCCAACUCCAACGUUUCCGCCAUGAAGUCCAUCGUCGACGAGCACAACUCCAACAAGGGCGAAAAGAUCGAACAGACCAAGGCCAACCUGCCCCUGCCCGAUCAGCCCCCGGUCGCCAGCGACUGGAACUCCGCCGAUCAGAGAACCGUCAACGUCGGCUCGGGCGGUCGGGAAGGCCCCGUCUCCGGCGAGAACAACAGCGCCCUCCGGGAGCCCGCCGCUGCCAGCAGCAGUGUCCGCGUCGAUGGAUCGGAGCUGCACCAGAACACACAGCCCGGCAGCAACGUCGGCCGCCAGGGUAAGGACAACCUUGAGGGUCUGCCCAAGGAUGCCCUUGCCCGGUAA